AUGGCUGCAUCAUCGAUGCGCACGCCCAGCAUUAGUCUAGCCAGGGUUGUCAGCAGCCAGUCCAUACACUGCGACCUCCACGAGCCAUCGCUACGUGGAUGUCCUGAAGUCGUGCCGCUGCAUGACUUGCAACGUCAUUGCAACAUGUGCCCGUUCAAUCCCGCAGAGACGCCAUCAUGUAGCACAGCACGUAGCCCGCCGCCGAGCACGACACCUAUCCGCUCAGUGCGCCCAUCGUCAACAGUGGCUGAGGUUCUAAGUGCUUCUCCGUCGAAGUUGAAGGGCAAUGUGGCAACCAACCUCACUGCACGUCUGGCCAGGGCUAGGGCAGAGGGUGGCAGGCUGGAGGUGAAAACUGGCGAGGGAGGCAGGGGCAAACCGCAAGUUUACAAGCUAACACCAGAGUGCAGUGUACCGUCAACCGAUGCGUAUGCCUCAACACUCAAACGCCGCGCUGCUGAGCUGACCCGAAUUGCUGAGUCCGUUUGUGGUGGAUCGGAUGGAGCUCGAGUGCAAAUGAUUGCUGGGCUGAAGCGGCUCUCAUCAGCUGCACAGGAGGAGCUCUUGCAGGAAGCUGGCUUGAAGUGUAGUUCACCUUCGCCUGGCACCGCGCUGGCCAUCAAGGCAGACCUCCGACUGCCAUGGAGCCAAUUGAGGAAGCUGCGGCAGUGGCUCAAGGUCUUCGGAGUAAAGUUGGAGUCUGAGCGUUCUAUACGAGAGUUCAUCGCGAAGACGCUGCCCAGCUACACCGCUACAGAGCUGCCGAUGUCGAAGCGGAAUGGCGAUGUCUCCAUGGCUGCCACUGUAUUUUUUCCGGACCUUGUCGCUGUUGUCAUGCACUUCCUCGACAUCCUCAAUGAGAGUGACAGCUUGACAUGGCAUUCAGGCACGAUUCCACAGUCCGAAGUAUGGCUCAAGAUUGGCGGUGAUCACGGAGGAGGCAACUUUAAGUUAAGUUUGCAGAUCGCCAACGUACUAGCACCGAACGCAACGCACAACACCAUUCCACUGUGCAUAUUCGAGGAGAAAGACACUCCGGCCAAUUUGAAGACUGCUCUUGGACAGUAUGCUCUACAGAUGGAGCAUUUGCAAAGCACGGUAUGGAACGGCAGGCAGCUGAGAGUGUACAUGUUCGGCGACUACGAAUUUCAGACUAUGAACUACGGGCUGUCAGGUUCUGGCGGACUGCGUCCAUGCUUGCACUGUUUGUGUCCGAAGAAGGAGAUGGCCAAUCCAAGUGAUGAAAGAACAGAUGCGCAUAGACAGGCACGCACACUGACUACAUUGGCUGAUGAUUACGGCAGAUUUUCUGAAGCUGGCUCGCAGAUAUCACAGGCAAAGCACUAUAACAAUGUCAUUCGUCCGUGCAUAUUGCCAGUGCGCGUCGAAAAUGCAAUCAUCCCGGUGCUGCAUCUCGACUUGGGCAUCUACACAUGGAUGUUUGAAGCCCUUGUGAAGGACCUGCAGGAACUGGAUUCGAAGCUUGCUUCGAAAUGCAAUGCUGACACCAACGAUGCUGGUACAUUCACCAAGUUGUGUUCCCUCCACGAGAAACUCCGCUGCGCACAGUUGCAACUUGACCAAGCCGUCAACGAACAGCAAAUGGUCCAACAACAGAUGCAAUUUGUAGCUCUCCACAUCCAGAACCAAGCGGAACAGGCGUUACUGGAAUUGGUGACUACUCUACAGCAAACAUGUCAGGCAGCAGUUACGAAGACCCAGCAACACACUUCGACUGUCGACGCCUUGAAGGACGAAAUUGCCAAGCUAUGCCGCAGUAAGGACUUCAGUGGCCCAUGCGUAGCCUCUGCGGAGCCUGUUCUCCAACACCACAAGAUUGAACGUCAAGUGUACCACGGUGGUGCUUUCAUCGGCAAUCACGUCCACCAAGCCUUGAAGCCCACCGUGGUCGCUGCCAUCAGCCAUGCUCACGUACCAGUCAUCACGUCCAGGUGUCCAGUCCUGGCGGAGGAGGCCCAAACAAUAGCAUCUUUACACGAGAAUCUGAUGAACAGCUACGCUUCUUGUCGAGCUACCUUCAGUCACAGCCAGGCAGUUUCAGCAGACGAGAUGGAUAAGCUGGAGUCUGAAGUUCGGCGCUUCUUGAGUAUGUGCAGAAGACACGUUGUGGCACGGCGACUUGGAAACAUCACGCCGAAACUUCACCUGUUAGAGAAUCAUACGGUGCCGCUCAUCAGGAAACUUGGCGUUGGUCUGGGCCUGCUCGCGGAGCAAGGGGCAGAGAGCUUGCACGCCAGUCUCAACACCCUCAAUGCCAUCUAUAAAAACAUACCAGGAGACCUCGCCAGGCUGAAAGUUGUCGCCGAGCAGCAUCUGCUAACAACCACCAAAGAAGCCAGUACGCUGGCUCCUCGUCCACAGAAGAGGAAAGCCGAGGACCAAGGUCCGGUCUCCUCGUAA